AUGGUGGCGAGGCACGAGCAGCAUUACCUAAUGACUCUGUGUCCUCAUGUGCAGGCAUCUAAUGUUCUUCCAUUUCCGUCCACAUUUGGAGCCGAUUGUCAACUAACUGUCAUCUUGAUGGGUUGUCGGGGAACCGGGGACGGGUCAAAUUUACCACUGUGCGACGCUCUACCGGAUGUUAUUAAAAUCGAAUGCCGAUCAACGCGAUAUUUGGAGGACAUCCUGUACGGCCCAAAUAACUCAGUCGGAGAUAUUAAUUUUAAAAGAGAUAUCCUGUAUAUGAAAACUGACAGAAAUACAGGAUAG